GAAAAUUCUCCCCCAGAAAAUAUCGCCAUGGUCGCCGGCUCGGUCCGCGAAGCCGCUCGCCGCGCGUCGCUCUCCGUCUCCGGCGCCCUCCUCCUCGUCGCCGCCGCGCUCGCGUCCUUCUGCUGCUCGCUCGAGCUGCCGCCGCCCUGGACGAUCCUGCGCCGCCGCCGGGGCGGGGAGAGCGCCCCCUGCGCCGCCGGCGGAGUCUGCACGGUCUGCCUCGGGGAGGUCUCCUCGGACGGGAAGGUCCGGAGGCUUGCGGAAUGCGGCCACUGCUUCCACGCCGAGUGCAUCGACACGUGGCUCGGGUAUCGCCGGACGUGCCCUCUCUGCCGGACGACCGUGAGCCCGCGCCGCGGCGGAUGGGCGAAGCUCCGCGCCGCCGCGGGGUGGCUGCUGCGGGUUCUGAUGGCGAGCGCGUGUAAAUGGUUGGACAGGCACUUCGACUGCAACCUCGCAAUGGCGUUCUGCCAUAAUCCCUAAACGCUUCUCUCUUGAGGGAUUGGAUUGAAUCCGGUCGUCGCUCCUCGCGGAGGAUAAGAGAUUACGUUCGUGUGUAGUCAGAAAGUAGAGCAAGGAUUAUUCUUUUUGUAUACAAAGAUAGGUUAUACAGCGUCUCGCCUUCAUGCUGAACAGAUUACAGACAUUCUUUGUACCCCAAAACAACGUCGGUCGAUAUCAUAUUACUUCGUUCCUUUUGCAACA